CAGUUCCUACCCGGACGUCAAUAAUCGUUGCACACUACACAGGCAUGGCGUCCUUCACUCAGAGGCACAAGUGACACAUUUAUAGUUUACGUCUUGUGGUAUCUUUUUUAUGAUUUUGAUUUUAUGUAGCUGUUGGAAUAAUCAACAAAAUGGCGACCAGGACCGUGUGUCAAAUUCUGCAGCGCCGCUUUGCAUCCGCUGCAGCGGCUGCGCGGCCGCCAGCUGCUGAGGUCCGCAGCAAGCGCAGUGCCCUCUUUUCCAGAGAGCAGGCGAGGCAGAGAUCUCUCUACCCCCGCAUUGAGAAGAUAGAGGUGUCCAUGCAGGGCCCGGGGCUGGACGGUACCCUGCUCAUCAUGAACAAAGGAAUGUCCACUCCACUGAGCUGUGCUAGACAUCUGACGGAGCAUCACGUGACCAACUCGGCUCUGGCCCUGGUGGACGGGGAGCCCUGGUCUCUCCACCAGCCCCUCACCCACUCCUGCUCACUCACCCUGCUCACAUUUAAAGACAGCGAUCCAACACUGGUCAACCAGGCCUACUGGCGUUCCUGUGCUGCCUUGCUCGGCCAGGUGCUGGAGACCGCGUUCAAAGACGACUUUACUGUGGAGCUGCUGAGCACACCAGAAGUGCCAGUCAUUUCAGGAGCUUUCUGCUGCGAUGUGGUGCUUGACCCUCAGCUGGACUCAUGGACUCCCUCUGAGGAGACGUUGCGGUCUCUGACCCGAGGGGCCCAGCAGCUGAUCCACCAGGACCUGGCCUGGGAGCCUCUGGAGGUGGCGCCCUCUGUGGCGCUGGAGGUCUUCUCACACAGCAGGUUCAAACAGGAGGAGGUGGAACAAAAGGCAGCGCAGAAUCCCAAAGGCAAAGUGAUGCUCCACAGAUGUGGUGACCAUGUGCUCUUGAGUGCGGGCCCCCUGGUGGCCAGGACAGGCCUGUGCUCCCAGUACGAGGUCACAGCCCUCCACAGCCUGGGAGAGGGACACUGGGGCCUCCACCGUCGAGCGCAGGGCCUCUCCCUUCCGCUGCAGCUGCAGGCUCACCACACAGUCUGGAGGAAACUGAGGCAGCGGGCAGAGAAACUGGUUGAGGUCCCGCGACCUGAAGAAGCGACUCCACCUGCUCCUCCUGUAUCAACUCCACCGUCCGACCAGCCAGUAACGACCUCUGCGUAACCUUCCACACACACAUACACACCUUCACAUGUAUCUGAUGUAAUAUUUGUUCAAUAAAUGUGUAAAAAUACAAGACAAAUCACUUCUACUUUUCUCAUUGUUGUGCUGCAAAAUGGAGGGGCUCAUUUCCCCAUGACCCCGUUAUCAUACUGUACAAAACCCAAGUGUUGCGUUCUGUUUAUUAAAAGAAGGAUUUUAACACUCCCGCGGGAAAGGUGCUUCACUUUAUAGGUGCUGAGAAGAGUGAGAAAGAAGAGUGAAAAUGGGAUUGCGUGGAUGUGCGCCUACGUGUCAGCAGUUUGCCUAACAACAAACGCGGAGCGUGUGUGUGUGCGUGUCUAUUAGCUGAAGGUCAGGCAGCAGUGCAGCUGUUGUGUCUAUCACUCGUCAAACAGGUGGCUCUCAAUCCUCAGAGGGUGUGCGGAGUCAAGUGUGAGCAAGCCCUGACGAUUGGAGCCAUGAGGCACUUUGUUUUUCCUUUUUUCCCCCCAUGAUUUCAGGCGUUUUGACACAUUAGACACAACACUCCAGGUUCAUGCCAGAGAUAGCCGCCUUCUCAUGCAACCACAUCCCUGCCACUGCACAUGAUCGAUGUUAUGUAGCUUUGAAUCACUAUCUAAAACAGUUUGGUACCACCUUCCAAUAAGACACCUAUUAUAGAGCUGUAAGCUGUAUUUAAUAAGUAUUUAAUCAUAUCGAAGCCCUUGAUUAGUGCAACUUAUUUGGUCAUCAGGACUCUUGACAAAAAGUCUCGACAUUGCGGGUGUCGUGCUAAAAGAGGAUGUGUCUGCACUUUAUUGUGACUUUUAAUACUUAUUAUUCAAUGGGAAAGAGUUGAGUAGAGCUGAAACAAUUAACGGUUUUGUCCAUUGACACACUUUCCCCAAAUUUGAAUCUUUGGCAUACAAGAAAAUCUUUUUUAGUGCUUGAAUUGGAUUAAAUGUGCUCUGGAAAAUAACAGGAACUCUUUAGCUGAAACAAUUAACAUUUUUGUCCACUGACAAAUUGUGAACAUGCGACUAUUUUGGUAAUUGAUUAAUUUGUCAUUUUUCAAGCAAAAAUGCCCCGAAUUGUAAAGAAUUGCUUAGUGGUGUCUAUUUUCUGGCAUAUUUUAGACCAUAUAUGUUGAUCUAGAAAUCUGCUAACUCAUUGCCAAACUAAUUGAUAAUUAAAAUAAUGGUGAGUGUGAAACGAAAAUAUCUCAAUCGCCCUCUCAACUCUAGACCAGCCUUCCCAUUAAAAUGGAAAAGAUUAGCCUGCCUGUUCACACACAUGCAAGUUUCUAAUCAAUACAUAGACAGUUGCGAAGGUGAUUGAUCCAGCGAUUAGCCGUCGUCUUCUUCCUAAAGCCUUCCCCGCUGCCUUCUCACCAGCACCCUUAGUAGCUUGAACAUAAAAUACCAGAGUGAUCGCAAGUUAACGACAGCUCCUUUCUAAAAUGUAACAGUUGUAGUGGUUGCUGGCAAUUAUUUAAGCUGCAAGUAUAUUUUUGCUGCUAGGGAAAUGUUAAUUAUUGAGUCUUGACCAACAGAUAAUAGCCUUCGUCUCUGGACCUGACUUUUACAUCACAGAGGAGACGCUGUUUGAUUAUUUAAGAGCCCCUUAAGUCCGUUAUAAUAAGCACAGAAAACUGCUCUUUUACUCAUAAAAUCCUUGGAUUCUGAAGAAUAAGGCUGGAGGUAAAAAUGCAAAAAGUCCGAAAAUCUCAAGCAGCUCGCUUAGGGGAUUCAGUGCCAAUAGGAUGAGCUCGAACACUCUCGGUAACCCCGUGUCAUCAGGCUCUGGCUCGUCUCAGUCCAUGGCAACAGCAGAGUUGUCCUGCUCAGUUAAUAUCUCGUUCUCGGAUGGAAAAAGCUUUGUUCAGCUCCUGUUCUUGUUCAGAGCGACAAAGUGUCUGUGGUAGAAUCACGCUACUGUUUGUUCAGGUGUUUGUCUUUCUGAAAAGUUUGGUUUUAAUUAGUUAUUUAAAGCGAUAAAAAGGGGGUUUGACGUUAAGAUUGACAGCCGUGCGUGCCUCGAUACAGCGGUUCAACAUCCGAUCACUCCUUGUUCAUCUUUAUAUACAGUUUAUGGUUGAGACACAAAUGUCCGCUCAACAACAUUGUUGAUUUUGAUACAGAGCACAACCCUGAAUAAGCAGGGACGUCUCUGAAAAAGACGUCUGGAUGGCAGCAUAUGUUGCUCCAAAACCUGUGGGUACAUUUCAGCAUUCGUGGUGUCUUCACAGUUGUGCAGACGAGCUCGGGCCCAGUCUGUGAUGUUUCUGGAUGUUGCUCAUAAAUAGCGUUCGCUUUGCAUGGUAGCAUCCGAACAGUACUGGUACUGACAAUGGUUUUCUUGUUCCCGAGCCCAUGUAGUAAUAUCCUCUAUACAAUGACGUUGGUUUUUAAUGCAGUGCAGUCAGAUUUCUCCAGAUUCUCUGAAUCUUUUGAUGAUAUUAUGGAUUGUAGACAGUAAAAUCCUGAAAUUUGAAGCAACUGUGCUUUAAGAAAAGUUGUUCUUAAACUGUUGGACUAGCUGCUGAUGCAUUUUUUCAGUUGCGUACCUCGUCCCGUCCUUUCUUGUUAUUAACUGAGCCUUUGGAGGAUGCCUCUUUCAUAACCAGUGGUGUAGUGGAGGGUAUACUCAGGUAUACCCACUUCAUUUUCUAUCCAGUUACAGUAUACCCAUUGUAAUGUAUAGGAGAGUAUGCCCACUUCCUCAUCAGUAACCUACCUAUCUACCUACUAGCACACCCACCUCAUCAAUUACCACUACACCACUGUUCAUAACCAAUGAUUCUUAAUAUGUAACCAAUGAACUGUCUACUGUUUUAGGUGGUUUUUAGGAUACUCCACAAUUUUCCUUAUCUUUUCUUGCCCCUACCCUAACUUUUUGGAACAUUUUGCAGGUAACAAAUUCAGAAUAAGUGUCAUGAGUUUCAUAUAUAGGCUGGAAAGGUAGAAA